CACUGACUGGCGGCACUGACUGGCACAACCCCUGGGCACUGACUGGUGGCACUGACUGGCAGCACUGGUGGGUGGCACUGGUGGAUGGCACUGGUGGGUGGCACUGGUGGGUGGGCACAGGUGGGCACAGGUGGGUGGGCACAGGUGGGUGGCACUGCUGGGCACAGGUGGGUGGCACUUCUGGGCACAGGUGUGUGGCACUGCAGAGUGGCACAGGUGGGUGCACUGCUGGGCACAGGUGGGUGAUCUGCUGGGCGCAGGUGGGCGGAGCUAGUGGGCGCACUGCUGGGCACAGGUGGGCGGAGCUUGCGGGUGGCACUGCUGGGCACCGAUCAUCAGGGCACUGAUCAUCACGUGUCAUUGGACACUGCUGAUCACGUGGUAAAAGGCCGCUGUGAUUGGC